AUGACACUCAAAUUGCUUAUGAAUUCGACAUGGGGAUAUUCCAUUAAGAAACCUCAAGCGAUGAAGAGUAAACACUAUGAGAAGGUCGACAACUUUGUUGAAAGGUUCUCCCCUUUUGUUUUGAAAUACGAAUUCACUCAAGGUCAAGGUGGCUUAGUAACCACAGUAAAACCUAUUGUCGAACAUUGGUCCUAUCCUCAGUUCGCAAAGGCAGUCCUUGACAACUACAACAAAUUUUUCUCAGAGGUUAAAUCCAAAGUGAAGGUAUACUAUGAGAACAUUGACGCGCUCAUGACGAACGAAGAAGGCUAUAACAAACUCAUUGAAUUGGGUUUAGUCGGUGAGAAGAUGGGCUGUUUUAAGCUAGACAAGGUAUUUUCCGAAGUUCAUGUCCUCUCCAAGCGAAAGUACUGGGCUGUUAAAGAAGAUGGUGAAAUAGUUAAACAUUGCAUGAAGUAA